CAGACCACAUGUUUCAAAUGAAAAUUUUUUCUCAGCAGAAACCUGAUUUUACUGCGCUGCAUGAUCUGGUUGUUUUUCCAUGUUAGCACAACCAGCUUGAUAGCUACAUGUAUAAGACACUGAGGGUCAGAUCAGUGUAGCAGUUUAUGAUCAGUACAGUGAGAGUUAAAAGUGAGCCCUGAGAUUUGAUUGGCUGAACAACCGCCCAGGAUGCCACGAGGAAAGACCACUAAACCCAAGAAAGCAACGACCAUUGAGGAACCGAAGAGAAGGACAGGCAGGACAAGAGGUCGAGGCAAAGCAAUGGCCAGUAGCGAGAGCAAGGUAGCAGUGGGCAGCAAGAGAAAGUACAAGACUGCCGCUUCUACAGAUGCUGCACCACCAGAAGAAGCGGUUGUUCCUGUGCCCAAGAGACAAAAGGCCGGCACCAGCCGUGCAACAGAAGAAACUGACAGGGCUGUGUUUGUGAACGUCAAGGCCCCUAAACCAGAGCCCGAGAAAAGGGGAGAGACGGGUGCCAAAAUUUCCCACCACUCACACAGACAAGAGCCGGGGGAGGUGAUGACAUUUGGUCAAGGAGACAUUGGGCAGCUUGGUCUAGGGGAGGAUAUUGAUGAGAGGAAGAAGCCGAGCCCAGUGCGUGGAGACUUAGAGGGAGAGGAGGUGGUCCAGUUGGUGUGUGGGGGGAUGCACACGGUCGCCCUCACUCGGGACGGAAAGGUGUAUACGUGGGGUUGCAACGACGAAGGUGCCCUUGGACGACCCACUAUAGAGGGGGAGGAGUAUAGCCCUGGUCUGAUGGUGGGACUAGAGGAUGUGGUCAUUGUACAAGUCUCGGCAGGUGACUGUCACACGGCUUCCCUCACUAACACUGGAGUGGUCUACUGCUGCGGAGUGUUCAGGGAUUCUAACGGUCCCUUUGGAUUGGCCCAGCCUGGUCCCCCUUCCCCUUCUCCCAUUGUGGUCUAUGACUCCCCCACAAGCCGAGCUAUCAAGGUAGUUUCCGGUAGUGACCAUGUGGUGGUACUAACAAACGAAGGAGACUUGUUUAGCUUUGGGUGUGCAGAGCAGGGCCAAUUGGGGAGAGUUCCCGAAUGUUUCAGUGCUCGUGGUGGUCGCAAGGGCGUGAAAUAUCUACUUGAUCCUCAGAUGGUUCGAUUUCGUAAAUCUCGUGGAGUCAAGACCAAAUUUUCAGAUGUUUUUUGCGGCAGCUACACAACAUAUGCUUACACUCAGUCACGGCACCUCUUUGCUUGGGGGCUCAACAAUUAUGGCCAACUAGGAGUGAACGAUGUUGUUAUUCGAUAUGUACCUGAGCAAUUACCUAGCGAUUGUCUGGACACAUCUGAAGACACUGACGGCUCGAGAGAAGAACUGGAGAUAGCCGGAGGUCAACACCAUUCUUUGUUAUGUCACCGUGGCAGUGUGUUUGUGAUGGGGCGAAGGGAAUACGGAAGACUGGGUAUGGGGGAGGAGGAAAAAACUGAGCCUCUUUUGCCAACUAGACUACCCACUCUGACGGACAUUGUGAGUGUGGCUGCCGGCUCUGUGUGUUCGUUUGCUGUGUCGCGUUCCGGACAGGUGUAUUCGUGGGGAAUGGGGACGUCCCUGCAAUUAGGCAAUGGUAAAGAGGACGACAUUUGGAAGCCCACUCCCAUCACUGGAAAGAAUAUUAUAAAUCGAAAAGUGAUUGCAUCGUCAUCUGGAGGGCAACACACAGCUCUGUUAGUCAGCCUUCCAAAUGAAUCUUAGGAUAUAAUAGCUGCAUGGUGUAGGUAUUUUGAUUGCAUGCACCUUGAUUUCUUGUACCAUCAAAUACCCUCUUUUACUCACUUCUACUUGUACACAUGCACAAUUAUAUACAUAAAGAGAUUUUUCGUCGUAUAA